AAGAAAAAUAGUCCACUAAACAUAUGAUAGGUCAUUCAUAUAUGCGUGCUUAAUUGUGAUUUACAUGAUUGUGGCUUGUAUAACAUUAGUUGUUAUUUGCUAUUAGUUGGUUUAUGUAUUCAAUCCAAGCUAAGAAAUGCUUUAAUUAAUUAGCGAAUGAAUAAAUGACGUCAUAAGGUGUAAUUUAACUCGGUCUUCCGCCAUACUGGUGUCUGUAGUAAGUCUACAUUGCAAACAACUUUCGAAUUUACGUCGACCUUUGAUAUCACAGCAAACAUGAGCCUCUCAAGAGAGGAGCUUGCUAGCAAAGCAAAGUUAGCCGAACAAGCAGAAAGGUAUGAUGAUAUGGCUGAAGCUAUGAAAAAGUUGGUGGAAAACUACAAACCACUCUCGAACGAGGAACGAAACCUGCUGUCGGUUGCGUACAAAAAUGUAGUGGGUGCUCGGCGAUCAUCUUGGAGAGUUAUAUCCAGUAUAGAAUCGAAAACAGACUCAAGCGAAAAGAAGCAAGUUAUAGCCUCUACCUACAGAACUAAAAUUACAGACGAACUAAAAAAGAUUUGCGGUGAUGUACUGGAAUUACUUGAGAAAUAUUUAAUAGAUGAGGAAGCAAUGAAGAACUAUAAAGAUGCUGCCGCAAAUGAAAACACUGACUUGAAGGAUAGUUUAGUUUUCUAUUUAAAAAUGAAAGGAGACUAUUAUCGCUAUUUGGCUGAAGUUACCAUUGAGGAAGAGAAGUCUGAUGUGGUGAAAAAAUCAGAAAGUGCCUAUGAAGAGGCUUACAAAAAUGCCACUGACAACAUGGCCCCCACUCACCCUAUUCGUCUAGGAUUAGCAUUGAAUUAUUCUGUUUUCCACUAUGAAAUUAUGAAUAAGCCAACAGAAGCCUGUAAACUGGCCAAAACGGCAUUUGAUGAUGCAAUUGCAGAGUUGGACACACUCAAUGAAGAAUCUUACAAAGACAGUACCUUGAUAAUGCAGUUAUUACGGGAUAAUUUAACGCUGUGGACAUCUGAUGCCAAUCAAGACGGUGACAAUGAUGGAGAGGGGGAUAACAAUUGAUCAUUUGGAUUUCAUCACUCAUAGCCUAAACUAUUGUUUGACAGUUGGUCAUCACAGGAGACAAACUUGGUGUUUGGACUUCUUCAAGUGUGUGAACGUGAUAGUAUAUGUUGAUCUGGCAAAUGAAUUUGUCUAAAUCACUUGGUCAGGUUGUACUGUGUAUUCGUGUACACCUAGCUAUAUUUCUCUUCAGUCAUUUUGUAUUUGGACAAAUUUCUUUGCGUAAUCAAAUGAAAGAUUGGAUUAGACUGCAUGUCAAAAUAUUGGACAGUAAUAUUAACAGUACACUGCUAUAUAAUGACAUUUAUUGUAUAACUUUGUUGUACCUUAUAUUUCCAGUAUCUGUCUGUGUUUAGUCAAGAUGUGAUCGUGUUUUGGUUUUUCUCACUGUUAUUAAGUUUGAAGCUUGGAAAUUCAAUUAUUUACAGUUCAGCUUUUGUUCCUAGCAUAAUAGCGGAUUUUUUUUCUUAUCUGAAUGGAUUGCACAAUGUCUGCAGUAACAGAGGGAAUUUGUAUGAAACACUUAUCAAUGUAAUAGGACAUUAUAAAAAGGAAAAACAAAAUUAAAAAUGUGUUUUAGAUUUAUUGUUGCUGUAUUCCUGAUAGAAGUAUAACAAGUUAGAAAAAUGUGAACACUGUCCAUAGAAAUGGUUUCCAGGAUUUGAAAUUGUGAAGUCUUAAUGAAAUGGAACUUGCCAACUGUAGACCAUUUUUGUUGAUGUUAUUGAUUACCAAAGGAAGCUGUAUGUGUAGUGUUAGUAUAGUGUUACAUCUUUAGUGCAGAGUGUAGUCAAUAUGUUGGCAUCAUUUUAUGUGUGCUAAUUUUAAUGCAAUAUUUUAUAUUCAACAUUUUUUUCCUCCAAACUUAUUUUUUGUUAUACAAGAAGUGCUGAGAUCAAUAUGUAUGUUUUCAUGAAAGUGUUGGUUUUUAUAAUUCAUUGAUGAAUCGGUGUUUUCAGUAUUGGAUAUCAUAAUGAAGUGAAGGACUAUUUCAUCAUUUCUGCUUUUUCAAAAAAUUCUUUCAGCCUAACUGUUCUGAUAAAUGAAUAAGAUUUGGUAUAUGAAACAAUAAAUGUUUUGUCUACAA